GAUUCUUCACACACGCUUCUUUCCGCCACAAACGCUUUGAACGUUAAACGUUUUCCUCUUCUGUUUUUGUUUUAUUCACACACACAGACGCAGAUAGUUUGCCCUUUGUCUUUUUCUGACUUUUAUAUCACUAACUAAUGUUCCGCUUCACCUGCCCCGCCCUGAAGAAGCUGCAGCCGCUGGGCCAGCGUGUGCUGGUGAAGCGCACCCAGGCUGCGAAGCAGACGAAGGCCGGCAUUCUCAUCCCGGAGCAGGUGGCCGGCAAGGUGAACGAGGGCACCGUGAUUGCUGUGGCCGCGGGGUCGAAGGACUGGACGCCGACGGUGAAGGUGAACGACACGGUGCUGCUGCCGGAGUACGGCGGCUCCGCGGUGAAGGUGGAGGGCGAGGAGUUCUUCCUGUACGACGAGAGCAUGCUGCUCGGCGUGCUGACCGCGUAA